AUGGAAGCGAUCGAGGAAGUGUUCCAGUUUUUUGACACCAAAGGGGACUCAAAAAUUGCUGCAUCUCAGAUUGGCAACUGUCUUCGCUCAUUGGAUCUCGUACCAACGGAAGGACUUAUUGAACGUAUGACACAACAAUGGAAGGACAAACCUGAAGCUCGUGUUUCAAUCGAGGAAUUCCUUCCAAUAUUUGAAAACGUUCGAAAAGAAGCUGGUAGACCACCUAGCGUUGAACAGUUCCAGAAUCUUCUCUCUCAUUUCGAUCGUGAUGGAACCGGUGUGGUGAUGUUACCGGAUCUUCGCUAUAUGCUUCAGAACUCCGUGUGCUGUUUUAUGUGA